AUGGCUCUUAGUAUGAUAAGGAGGUCCAGGGAUAACCCGGAAAGAACUGAACUACCAUCAGACCAGACAGGUCUUUUCUCACUGUCUUUUGCUACAUUUAGUUCUUCCAGGAGUGUCAAGUCACAUAAUGCUUCUCAAUCUUUAGCUAGUUUUUCACCUGCCGUUGCAACAUUUUAUGGGGAUCCCCAUGGAGCAGGCAGCACUGGAGGAGCUUGUGGAUAUGAAGAUGCUGUGGAGAAGCCACCUUUCUUAUCUAGAGUUUCUGCUGGAAAUGAAGCUUCAUUUAAGCAGGGCAAAGGCUGUGGAAGUUGCUAUUUGGUGUUAUGCACAACAGCGUCCAAUUCGGCCUGUUCUGGUUCUGCAAUAACUGUAGUCAUCACUGAUCAGUGCGGCGGUUCCUGCGGCGGUGAAUGGUGA